CUGAGAGAAACCGUUGGAGUCUAGGGCUUAUCUUACUCAUUCAAGCUCAAGCGUUUUGAGCCAAAGUAUUACCAAUGCUACUCGGGUCGAUCAAUGGCUGAAACGCCCUAAACUUCAGCCCUUUCAGGCGGUAACGUUUCUGAUGAGAGAUACAAGAAAGCCACAAGGGGGCCCUGACAUACUAGGGACGGUUAGAGAGAAAUGGAGUUUUUGCUUUGCUCUACGUAAAGAGGCAAUUGGACAGACGACUCUCGAAGCAGCGGGGAAGCUGCUUUUUCUGACGUUGAUGCUACGUUUUUGCUUUCUUCUCCUCUUUUUCUGUUUAUUCUUCCCUUUACUAUCUUCUUUAACCUUCUUCUCUUCUUUCUCCAAACUUCAAGCUGACCUUUUCUUCAUCAAUACCAAAUACUCACACACCCAUCAUGACUUCCAACUCCAUCUCUCAACUCCCCACCCCAGAGCAACGGGAAGACAUCACCGCUAGCUUGGCAGACCUCAUCACAGCCAUUGAGUCUCAUUCUCAAUGGACUCCCCCCAAUGUUGACCGUGGCCUCUUCCACGUCUGGGACUUUGUCAAGAGAUCUCAUUAUAUCAUGACCGAGCUGGACAACAUUGCAGCUGGUCGAAAAGUUCAGCAUCCUGAACAGAUUCCCAAGAACGACGGUGUCGCUUCUGGCCCUGAAGCUGCCCUCGCUUCCUACACCGACGUUUGCACACGUACCAUCACAAUCAACGAGAUGAUUCAAAACCCUCGUAUGCUCGUCAUGCUCGGCCUCUCCAACGUCGACUUUGGUUCCGCUAUUCAAGAAAAAUCAGAAGCCGUUAAAGAGGCGAUCAAGAGCGCAAACUAGAUCUGCUCUGGACCUGAUACACGAAUGACGUUGUAGAGCUUGCGUCACGCGAUGAUCGUCGGCCGUUACAGGGUUUAUGAAUGAUGGAGUAAAGGGCGAACAUAUUUUGGUUUGACAUUGGGAAACAAUUCAAGACUCGAAAAAGAAGAAAAGAGAAUAAGAGCAUGCAAAAGUUCCAUGCGGUAUCCAGUUCUUUGCUGGACCAGCAGAGGUUCAACUCACUAGUACGAGAUGGCUAGUUCAGCAGAUUGGAGCUACAGCUAAGGUAUCUGAACGAUAAACAGAAACAACACACCGUGACAGAUUCGUGAGUUUCCCUUGGAAAUUGAAACGUAGAAUGAAAUGACA